UGGGCAAGAAGACACGCAACAAGUUGCUGCGAGUACAAAUAGAAGACUAGUACCACACAGUUACGUAGUUUCCUUGUUGUCUGUGGAGAGUUGUAAAGCCUGAACCAUAGAAUGUGAGGAGCUAGAAAUCUCUCUAUUCUUCCCAGGCGGCAUCAAGAGGAACAAAUAUGGGAGAUGCAAUUCUGUCGUUUGCAUUAGACAAGCUUUGGGACCUACUGAGCCAUAAAUACGAGCAGUUUCAAGGAGUCGACGAUAAAGUUACGGAACUAAAAACUGAUCUAAACACGUUAAGGUCAUUUUUGAAAGACGCAGAAACCAAAAAGCAUAGAAGUGCGACGGUGAGAAACUAUUUGGAAAGGAUCAAUGAGAUUGUGCUUGACGGUGAAGAUACACUUGAAGCCCUUAAUUUAAAAGAUCAUGGUAGCAUUAGAAGACUUCCAUCAGAAAUUGGAAGAUUAAGUGAGAAGAUCGUGAAGGUGAUUGAUGAUAUGAAAAGUUUUGGAGUUAUACCAAAGAUUAUUGACGAUGUAAAGGAUCCACAAUCUUCUCAACAUACACGAGAAUUUCCUAAAAUUCACGAAAACAAUCUUGUGGGGAUGGAAGAAAAUGUUAAGACAUUAAUUGGAUAUUUGGUGGAGCGAGAUGAUGUUCAAGUUGUUUCCAUAACCGGGAUGGGUGGUCUUGGAAAAACCACCCUUGCUAGACAAGCUUUUCAUGACAAGCUUGUUAAAAAGAAGUUUGAUAGAUUCGCAUGGGUCUGUGUUUCCCAAGUUAGUGAUCAGGAGAAAGUGUGGCAAGCAAUCUUGCAGAAUUUCAGAUCCGAAGAAGAGCAAAUUAAAAUCCAGAAUAUGUCAGCAGCUGCACUCCAGCCUAAACUCUUUGAAUUGCUGGAAAGUUCAAAAUCGUUAAUUGUAUUAGAUGACAUAAGGAAAGAAAAAGAUUGGGACCUGAUCAAGCCAAUAUUUCCAUUCAAACCAGGUUCGAAGGUGCUACUUACUUCUCGAAAUGAGAGUGUGGUAGGACGUGGAGUAAAAUGUAGGAACUUCAAACCAAAAAGUCUAUCUGAACCAGACAGUUGGACACUUUUCCAAAGAAUAGCAAUGCCUAUUAAAGAUGCGUCUGAAUUAACUGACGAUGACAGGGAAAUGGAAACGUUGGGUAAGAAAAUGAUAAAACAAUGUCUGGGAUUGCCUUUGGCUAUCAGAGUGUUAGGAGGCUUGUUAGCUCCGGAUUACAGAGUUGACUGUUGGAAACAAGUAUCUGAGAAUGUUGGAUCUCAUCUCGUUGGUAGAACCAGUGACAACAACAACAAUUCGCUUAACCAUAUAUUGUCUCUAAGCUUUGAAGAGUUGCCUGGUCAUCUGAAGUUUUGCUUCCUCUACCUGGCCCAUUUUCCAGAAGAUGACGAGAUAAAUGUAGAAGAAUUGGCCAAUCUUUGGGCUGCUGAAGGAAUACUUAGGUACUACAAUGGAGAGGCGAUCAUUCGGGAUGUUGGAGAUAGUUGUAUAGAGGAGUUGGUGAGAAGAAAUAUGGUUAUAUCUGAAAGAAGCAAAACCACCGGGAGAUUUGAGACAUGCCGGCUACAUGACUUGAUGAGAAAAAUCUGUUUGUCUAAAGCCAUAGAAGAGAAUUUCCUACGUACUUCACACUCACGGAGGUUUGUCUCACAUGAUCCGACAAAAUUAGAUGUUGAGAGAGAUAUUAAUAAUUCAAAGGUCCGAUCACUAGUGGUUAUCUGGAAGUCGGGUUUUUAUUUUUCAUUAUUGGCACAGGAGAUGUUCAGUUGGGGUGCUUCAAAAGAUACGUACAUUGAAAGUAACGACGACGGAGUAUUUUGGGGCGUUUCGAAUUUAGACUUUAAAAGGUUGCAACUUUUUAGAGUAUUACAUCUUCGUGGAGCCAAAUUUAAAGGAGGAAAGUUGUCUUCAAGCAUUGGAAAGCUCAUCCACCUACGAUAUCUGAACUUACACGGUGCGUGGGUAACUCAUCUUCCCUCUUCUCUAGAAGAUCUGAAGCUGUUGAUCUAUCUAAAUUUAAAUGUAUUUGGGUGUUCUCAUUUCCCCACGCACACCUUCUUGUUGGGGAUGAAAGAAUUGAGGUUCCUUGCAUUGCCAAGGGGUAUGCUAAAGAAGAGAAAGUUGGAAUUAAACCAUCUAGUAAACUUGGAGACCUUGGUUAAUUUCUCUACAAAGUGCUGCGACUUAGAGGAUCUUCGUGGUAUGGCCAGAUUGAGGACUCUUGGAAUCGAUAUAAACGAUGAGACCAGCUUAGAAACUCUUUCUGCAUCGAUACAUGGACUGAGUCACCUGGAAAAUCUUGAUAUAGUAUAUGAAAGGUGCGCUAAGGAGGGGAAGAAGAAAGAACGGAGCACAGUAUAUGAAGGAGCUAUGGGGACGAAAGAAUGGAGCACUCUAUUGGAAUUCAAUAAUCUCAAAAGGCUGAAGUUGAGUACAAAUAUUCCACUGCUCUCUGAUGAACUGCAGUUCCCUUCUCGCCUAACAAGCCUGUGUCUAUGGGAGAGUGGUUUGAAGGAGGAUCCAAUGCCGAUUCUAGAGAAGCUGAUGCAUCUGAAAGAGGUCAUAUUAGGGGAUGGAUCUUUCAGUGGGAGGAGAAUGGUUUGCUCGAGAGGAGGGUUUCCUCAGUUGCAGAAGCUUGAGUUACGGGGAUUAGAGGAGUUGGAAGAGUUGAUAGUAGAAGAAGGCUCCAUGCCUCUUCUUUAUACUCUCUCUAUAGAUAAUUGCGAAAAUCUAAAGGAGUUUCCUGAUGGGCUGCCAUUCAUCACUUCCUUAAAGGAUUUGAAAGUUAUGAAUAUGGGAGAGAAAUGGAAGGAAAGAUUGUCCGAAGGAGGAGAAGAAUAUUACAAAGUCCAACACAUCCCUUCUGUUGAAAUCAUGCAUAUUAAUAUAUUUUAACAGACAAACUACGCACCAGAUGAUCUGAUCUGAAGCAAAUCUCCUACCAACUUGGGCAUCGGCGAAUCAACCGAAUAAUAAUCUCUGUGCAAUCUUGUGUGUUUAUUGUAUAAUACGUUUUUCUUUUCCGGUAUUAUGACGAUAAACAAAAAUACGGUUUGUAUAGCAAAACUGGUUUCUUAUAUGUUCUAUUGUUUGAGUGAAGAUACUGAUUUUAUUCGACA